AUGACUGAUGGGAGAAUCCUGGUGGUUGGCUGUGGAGGGAUAGGAUGUGAAUUGUUGAAGUUGUUAGCCAGAGAAAAGCUGGAGAGCAUAACGUUGGUGGAUAGUGAUACCGUUGACCUUUCCAAUCUCAACAGGCAGUUUUUCUUCAACAGAGACGACAUUGGAAAAAGCAAGGCGACAGUGGCUGCAGGGAUUUUUAAGAAGCUAAACGAGAGGUGCGAUGUCUUUCCAAUAUGUGCAGACAUUACAGAGUUUGAUGCAAGGUUUUUUGCAGGGUACAGGACUGUAUAUAGCUGCCUAGAUAACAUUGAGGCACGAAGCUAUGUGAACCAGAGAUGCUUCAUUUCCAGAACACCGCUGGUGGAUGGGGGAUGCGGUGGGUUCAAAGGACAGGCAUACUACUUUGACUAUAACUCGGAAUGCUUUGACUGCAUUCCAAAAAAGGUCUCAAGGGAGCACUUGGUAUGCACCAUUCGCUCGAGGCCUACCAAUUUCGAACACUGCAUCGCAUGGGCGAAGCAUGUGUUUCUCGGAAUGAGAUUCCGAGUGGAUGGAGAUUGCCAAGAUUUCUAUCAAAGGCAUUUAAAAGCGAUUGUGGAAAACUGUGAGGACAUGUCGACUCCAAGCGAUCUGGAGAAGUUUAGGAGCUGUAAAGACUAUAAAGAGAGGACGGAGAAGAUUGUGGAGAUCCUGAAGAACCUUGAUUUUGGCCCCUUUGACAAGGACAACAGAAACACUCUGGAGUACAUCUACAAUGUAGCCUAUAUACGAGGAAGAUGCGCAGGUGUUGAGCCUACAUCGUUUGAGGAGGCGAUUACAAUAGCAGGGAAUAUAGUUCCAUCCCUAAGCACAAUAAACUCAAUAGUUGCAUCUUUGAUGAUCCUGUCUGCUAGGAACAAGUGCAACUAUUAUUCGGUCGACAAUGGAAAUGUCAUUAGCAGACUAGAAACAUGUGCCAAAGAUCCUGGGUGUCCCACUUGCUCCCACCAUUGGUAUGGAAUUCUCUAUGACGGGGCUCUAUCUUUCAGAAAGCUAAUCCAGCAUUUCCAUAAUCAGAGCCUAGAUCUGGUUGCAUAUUCCGACAAGAAGCUGUUCCUCACGCCUGAUAUGGUGGAAUGGCUGGACAGGGACAUCGAGCUCGAAAACAAUACCAUUGGGGAGGCCAUAUGCAGAUUUGGGAGCAAAAAGAUAAAGGUCGGGCUAUAUUUUCUGCGAGGAGAAGGAGUCUUUUACUUCGGAAGAAUAUACACGGCAAGGCUGAAGGAAAGUCUAUCCUGGGCUUCUCGAUAA